GUGUAUAUCUUAGGCUUACCUUCUGUUGUUUACAGUUGCUUUGUGUAUCAAAAUUAAAAGGCGGCAGUGGUCUAAAAAAUAAAAAUAAAAAAAAGAGUUAUAUAAUGUAAUUUAAGCUUCAUCCCAAUGAAAAAUCUCGAAAAUUUGUGGAUUCUUUUACGUGCACCUAUGUAAAUAUUUUAAGAGUUUGCUGUUUGGAAUUGAACAUAUAUAAAUAAUAACACACUUGUUUGCCCCAGGCGAUGUGGCUCUCGAGCUGUUGGCUGAAUCGCCUGUCGUCCGCGCUGACGAAGCAAGGCUCGUCCCUGCGGGGGUUCCAGCUCCACACCAGCUCGCAGAAGUGGGGGCAGAGCCCGGGAGGCAGUGCGAAGAAAGGGGCUCGCUCCACGGUGUACUACGUUGCGGCCACGGCCGUGCUGACGGUCGGGCUCAGCUACGCUGCGGUCCCCCUCUACAGCAUCUUCUGCCAGGCGUACAGCUAUGGGGGCACUACGAGUGUGGGGCACGACGCCGACAAAGUGGAGUCGAUGACCAAGAGGAAGGACAGGCUCAUCACCGUCAGGUUCAACGCCGACCGGUCCGCCAGCAUGCGCUGGAACUUCAAGCCCAUGCAGACGGAGAUAAAGGUGACCCCAGGAGAGACGGCGCUGGCGUUCUACACAGCAGAGAAUCCGACGGACCUGCCGGUCAUAGGCAUCAGCACGUACAACGUAAUUCCCUUUGAGGCGGGCCAGUACUUCAACAAGAUACAGUGCUUUUGCUUCGAAGAGCAGCUCCUGAACCCAGCAGAGCAGGUAGAUAUGCCAGUGUUCUUUUACAUCGAUCCUGAAUUUGCAGAGGAUCCAAAGAUGGAGUCAGUGGAUGACAUCAUGCUCUCGUACACUUUCUUUGAGGCGAAGGAAGGGUUGAAGCUGCCGGUCCCUUCGUUUGCGAGACACUGAGUGUUUGCUCCACCAACUGUUUGUACAUAGUUCCUUACGACGUGAUUAAAACUAAUAGUUUCUAAAUA